AAUUGCCUGAGUAACACAAUCUCGGCAUUUCACUCAUCUCAUAAGGAAACUCAAUUUUGAAACAUUCGUAGCCGUAAUGCUGACCCUUAAGUUGCUGAAACAUAUUCCCGCAGUGUCGCGGAGCAGCCAGCAGGAGCUGAGCUCAUGGAAUCUCAGCAUCACGCGUGGCGUCAAGGUGGCCGUUGUCGGGGCUGCUGGGGGCAUAGGGCAGCCGCUGUCGCUGCUGCUGAAGCUGAAUCCGCUCAUCACAGAGCUAUCGCUGCACGACAAAUCCGACACGAAGGGCAUUGCUGCCGAUCUCUCACACAUCUGCACGGCCAGCACAGUGCGCGCCUUUAACGGCGACACGGAGCUGGUCUGCGCACUGGAGAGUGCUUCGAUUGUUGUGGUGCCGGCAGGAAUGCCGCGCAAGCCGGGCAUGGAUCGCAGCGAGCUGCUGGACGUGAACGCCAAUGUGGCGUCAACGGUGGCGAGAGCCGUUAGCAAUGUGUGCCCCUCGGCGCUGCUGGCCUUUAUCACGAAUCCCGUGAACGCCAUUGUGCCGAUCGUUGCCGAGGUGCUCAAGCAGGAGGAUGCGUACGAUCCGAAGCGUCUCUUCGGCGUAACCACCCUGGAUGUGGUGCGUGCCAAGACCUUCAUUGGCGCGCUGCUGAACGUGGAUCCAGACACAGUGCGUGUUCCAGUGAUUGGUGGUCACGCCGGGCAGACUAUUCUGCCGCUGCUAUCGCAGUGCGAGCCCGAACUGCGGCUCGACGCUGACAAGAAAGCGGAGCUGGUCAGUCGCAUACAGGAAGCGGGCACCGAGGUGGUCAAGGCGAAGGCGGGCAAGGGGUCCGCCACUUUGUCGAUGGCUUAUUCAGCGUCUCGGUUCGUCAACUCUCUGCUGCGGGCCAUCAACAAUGAGGAGGACAUCAUCGAGUGCGCCUAUGUGCAGUCGACUCUCUCCGAGGCGGAGUUCUUUGCCUCGCCCGUGCUGCUGGGACCAGCGGGAAUUAAGAAAAAUCUUGAGCUGCCUCCACUGGAUGAGGACGAGGAAGAGCGUCUUGAUUCUUUGAUUGUGCAGUUAAAUAAGGAAAUUACAGACGGAGUCAAGCUCGUCGCCUGUUAAAAUCAGGUCCAAAUUCCAUAGAAAGUAUAGUCGUAGAGUUCAUAUAAGCAUUAU